AUGGGAGUGAGAAUCAUAACAUAUAGCUCUUCGAUAAGUCUACCUCCCACAAUGUUCAUUAGAAACACUCUGCUCCAGAACAUACAGAUGAAACUUUCAUAUACCCACAUUCACUUCACAGACUCCCUAGAAGACAUUUCUACGUGCGACAUAUUAGUAGUAGAUGGAAACAUUAUGUCCGUAGAUACUUUGGAAGACCUAAAGAAAAUACACUCUAAAACAAUUCUAUGGACCAAAGAUAUGGUGAAUGAUACAAUAUGGCUUGUGGAGAAGUUCGAUAAAGCUUCAGAUAAAAACUACAUUGCGAUAAUCAAUGGCCAUGUAAAUGUUGAAGAAAGAGAUGCUGAAAGCCAUGCACCACAAAAGCCAUCCUUAGGCCCAAAAACAGAAUCCAAAGAAGAUCCCAAAAGAAGCUAUCUAGAUCUUAAAUUUAGUAAUUUGGAGAAAAGACGGCCCAUAGAAAGUAUAUUUAGUAGACUUCAUCUAUCAAGAAACCAAUGA